UAAAGGUUUGUUAGUUGUCCUUUUAUUUAAGCUGUCAUUUCUUGCUACUGCUAGAAGUCGCUAAGAGACACUACGAUGGGCUAUCUCAGUUAAUGAAAGAAGUAAAUGAAGUGAAAGUAAGACGCUGAUUUCUUCUCUUCACAGAGAGCUGUCUGAAAGAAAACACCUCCAGGUACAUGAAGCUGCUGGAGGACAGACUGCACAGCUGUGGCUGUCCUGGUCUGGAGCGGAUCUGGGAGGCCGACCUGGAGGCGUGUCACCUGUUCCUGCGGGGUCUCCAGCUGAGGACCCCGAGCUGCAGCGGAGCGGACAUGGAGGACCGCCCCUCUGCAGCGGCUUGUCCUCUGACCCCGCAGAGCACCAAAGAAGAAGAAGAAGAAGAAGACUGCGCCAUGCUGACGGCGUUGGGUGGGCGUUGGUGUCCCGAGGCAAACUUACAGAACUCCGAGUUCACGAAGAAGCUGGAGGAGUUUUUGUUCUGCAUGGAGGAGAGUCAGCCCGAGGACGUCUGUGGAGAGUCUGAGGCUGCAGACCUGACGGAGCGCUGUGAGCUGAUCAGUGACAGACUCCUGACCUUGGAAGACGAAUUACAGACGGCCAUACUGAACCGGGAUCAGGCUCUCACCCAUAUCCUUUCACUGCUCUCUAAAUGAACAUACAUCAUCCCAAACUGAGCUGAAAUGUCCUUGUGUUUGUGUCUCUGUUCAUCCAUCUCCAGGACCUAGUUUUCUACAAAUCCAAACUGCCUUCAGUUUGACAGAUUUCAGCAUCUGGUGACUUUACCUUUCGAGGAAUAGAAAAAAAAAUCAACCUGUCUUAUCUGACAUUAUGGUUCCAUUCAGAGAGGGAAUUGAAGAUAAACUGGGAUCAGAGGGGUUUUUCUUUGACAGGUGGGACGUGCCAGCUGGAAAAUAAAAAGGUAAAAGUCCACACGAGGUUAUUAGAGGCUCCUUCAUGCCGACUGCCAGUCAGCGCGGCCUGAGAUUAAAGUCUGACGGGGGCAGCGGCGUGGCAGAUAGAGGAAUGUGACUGUAAUGACUCGGGCCCGGUCAUAUCUUAAUGUCUAUACAGCUGCUGACCCUCCCUCCCCUCCUCUGUCUGCCCACUUCCACUUAGAGGAAAUUACAAUAUCCAUGAUAAUGACUCAAAUGAAACUGUUGAGGCUGAUUACAGGUCACAAUACAUCAUUUUCCGCACUAAUUAGAAAGCUGAUUGGAAAUAGAUUAGUGUGUUUUUCUUGCUCCACUUUCCCGCUCCACACUGUGGGCUUACUGAGGCCGAUAUAAAAAGGCAAUACUUCCACCCAGGCGCAAGGAAAAUGUGUCACCUGACCUGCUGGCUUUUUAUUUCUUUAUUUAGUGUCGCGCCUCAUUAGUGUUCUGUAGAUGCAGUCUGCCAGAAACGCUCUCCUAAUCUGAUGAAGAUGUUUGUU